UAAAUCGCUCCUAUGCUCUCCCCUUUUCCUCCCUUCGAAAACUAUUUCGCGUCGAUGAAAUACACCGUUCGUUAACGCUUCUUAAAUUACGUUCGAGUUUAUUUUUAACGAACAGAGGACUUUCUUUUCUGUUUCUUCGAAUAUUAACUGAAACUCUUUUACCGAGACUUGCUGUUACACCAAAAAAUCCGCACGGCAUUGUUUGCGGUGCACAAACAACACGUAAAAGCGAGAAAAUUCUCUAGCGAUUGACCGAACGACGAUUUAUGCAAAUCAUGCUUCCAUGGCAUCGUACAUUCGAGCCGAGCGAAAAAAGAACUCCCUGCGUUCCGAGAAAAGCUGAAUCGCUAAUCCCACUUCGCAAGUCCCCGAGCGUUAACAAUGGCUCUUUCUUUCGUUGCGGAGGCGCGGAGGCUCCGCAGUAAAAUCUUUUUUAGCACUUCCCUUCAUCGAACGACGGAUUGUUUUACUCGCCGGCGCGGACAUCCGUCUCUGUCCCGACAGUGUUGGGUCUUUCUCGAUCGGUAAGUGGGUUCUGUUUACUUUCAAAACGCGGGCAAGACCGACCGGUGACCGGUCUUUCAUCGAACAGGUAGCCUAUGAUGUAUUGUGCCUGUACGCGUGAAUAGAUGCAACAUUGACGUAUCUCUGAAUGAAACGCUCGAACCGGUCGGGCAAGCAUUAUACUUGCGGGAACGCGAACAUGUUUAACCCUUCCAUAACCCCACGUGUUUCCGAAGUCACACUCCCAUUACCUAUAUAUAUAUAUUUUCCAUCGUAUACUUUGUUUGAAAGCUAAACGUAGUUUGAGACGUGGAAGGUUAACCACGUCCGCGGUGACUUGGAUGACUGGGCAGGAACCGAAUCUCUCCCGCUCGCAUAAUUACCGAACGCGUUACACGCUCUCGUUUUCGCCGAGCGAAUCGUAACGACGAUACAAUAGGAUUUUUAAUCGAAACGAAGGAGGGCCACCGCUACCAAAACUCGGAUAAAAAUAAUCUCGAUACAAUUAGUUAAUUAUUCCUCCUACCGAGGCUCGAAGAAACUCGACGGUAUGCAAUUUAACGAUAAAGCGAAUAACGAAGCGAGAUAGGGAUUUUCGCACUCGGUGACCGAUGAGAAAUGGCCGUCCAGUCGAGAAGGACGCGUAUUUCACCGAUAAUAACUUGUCGCCGAACGUUCAGAAGGAUGCGCACAAUUACGCGCGACACGACCUACGACAGAGUCGCCUGUAGACGUUUCUACUGAAACAGUCCAGUGAUGUAUAUCCCCGACGGGAUCGUUUGCUGUCCAAACAAAAUAAACACCAGGGUAAAUCACGGGUUACCACGGACAAACGAUUUUGUAGACGUUCGUUCGACUAAUUCGCUCUCUUCGUGGUCGUUGGAUGCAGGCAAUAAUUCUUCCCGUGUUUCCGCGAACUUUACCGUUCGACGUGAUGAAUCGUAGAAACGGGAUUGUUCGUAGAAUGAAAAUUUAUCGCGACAUCGACCUCGAGAUUAACGCGAAACAUCUUUAACAUCACCCCCUGGACCGGACGUUUCGAGCCUCGAAUUGACCGCGCUAGAGUUAGCUGGGCGUAAAGGAGUCAAGGUCGACGCAAAAGAAGCGUCCGUAAACGCGGCUAGAGCUCCCCUCUACGUUUACGUCGACGUUUCUCCACCUCCUUCUCGGUGAUCCGCCCACGCAAUUGCGUGCAGCCACCCACGCGGCACCGUUGCACGCGUAACGACCGCGACGAUUCUCACGGGAAGGCGUGCGUAUUCAAAUUAUCCGAGUCUCGUCGCAUGUCACGACUCCGAUCCCCUAAUUACUCCCUGCUAAACAGCAUCCAAAGGUACCGGGUAUUCGACGUCUCGGUAUUAAUUUUCUCUGCGCUCGCAGACCAUGUUGCGUACAUACUCCAGACGGAGAUAUGCAAUAUUUGAGGAGUAACAUAAUAUGCCGUACGAUUGUUAUUGUUACUCUCGAGAAGGUCUCGAUAUGGAUCCGAACGCUGACCGAGUUAAAGUUACAUACGAGAAAGAAAGAUUUAUAGUUUAAAUUGAAUUGCUCCGAAUGCCGAAAAAGAAGAGAAAACACACGCAUGAAAGUCGUUAAAUUUUUCCUCGUUACUCAAAAUGUUUAUCUAGAUAAGAAUUUCGCCCGUCUCUGACUCGGAGGGAACGGAUGAACGGAUCCUUCCCUGUGCAGGGUCGCAUCGCGCGACGUAGCCCGAGGCUGUCUUCUCUCGCUGGGUGCCCAUUUUUCACGAGUCUCCCUCUCGCUUUGCCUCGCUGUACGCUUCUCGGCCUCCCUCUCUGGACGCUUCCUCCUCGUCGUUUUUUCCUCUUUUAAUUCCAGCUCCUCCCUUUUCUCUUUUUAAUCUCUCCCUUCGUGAGCGGCUAAGAGGACCAAACAGGGAGGCAGCAGCGAGACAAGGACAACAGGGAUUCUCGAGAAAAAGAGAGAGACGAAGGAGUUCGUCCCGGUCGCUCAUUUUCUCCUCUCGUUCCUUCUAUCAGGGCUCACGCACUCUCUGGAUCCCUCUUCGCCCCUCCUCCUACUUUCGAUCCAGAGUCCGUCUCCGUAGCCGCCACAGCAGCCAGCAGAAGCAGCAACGGCAGCUUCGUUCUUCCUCACCGUCUGCGUCUAUAUGCUCUCAAGUGCCGCGUGCAACGAGGAAUCAAUACCACGAACGCGUGUACAUCUAUAUCGGUACCAGGAGCUUUAUCGUCUUUUCUUAGGGACCUACCGAAAGUAAUUACCCUACCGCACGUAGGAGUACUCCAGGUACAUAAAAUUCCCUAGCACUUGUAGCACGGAAAACUACCAUUUAGAAAAUAUUCUCUUGUACUCUUCGCACGAGUUGCACUUCACCUCGCACAUUCACGAAGCAUUCCUGUACUUGAGGAUGUUUCGCGAGAUCCGGAUAUUCUUCUCAAGAUGGAAACACGUAAAGAUAUAUUCUGGCAGUACCUAUAUCGUACCUAUAUCGUCUUCCUUUUCUUCUUCGGUGCCCUCCAGCCCCUUCGUCAUCUUCUUCUUGUUCCAAGAGGUAUCGUUUUUUACAAGUCCAACGAGCUUCGUAGGCUCCUCUUCAUAGAACAACCAUCCUCCCACUCGAUCGCUUGUGCCCUCGAUACGAACUUUGAGGAGGAGAACUACGUUCGUCGAGAAGACGAAGUGAAAGUCGAAGCGAAUCCCGCUGUUUUUCGGGAAUCGAUACACGUGGGCAGAAACACGUUCAUCCGUCACACGUGGCGUCGUUUCGUGACUCGCCUCGAGUAACGUUCGAAAAUCGAAUCGCGGCUAGAGAAUUCGUUGUCGGAAGUACCUUGUUCGAGAGGAAAAACGAAUAUGGCGGGCAUGACGGCCGAUCGCGAAUCGGAGCAAGAAACAUCCUCGAUAUCCGAAGCUUCGCCGUACCCUCGGGACAUUUCGCGAUAUCUGGAUAUCCUUCUCAAGGUGGGAACAGACGAAGAACGCUCCGAGGGGAUAAAACGAGAGCCAGCGUAGGGCAUAGGGUUGGAGGGACGGGAGAAUUACGAUAAUCCACGUACAUACGCGGCUGUGUCCUCCUUCUUCGCGGCAGUCAGCGGCCCAUGGUAUCCUUCUCAAGGUAGCGAGGAAUGGAAAAGGAGAAAGCUUGGACCGAUCGAUCGGGACGGAGAAGGACGCUCGCCGCGAGACCGAUAAUGGACUCGUGUGCGUGUUCCCUGGCGUCUUCGUUCCUCCCGCGAGCCAGGUAUCCCUAGGUUUAAGGUAGCGUGGAGCGACGGAAAAGACCAAGGUAGACAGAGAUGCUCGCGGAGACACGAUAAUGCCGGGUGGCCGAGAGCCCUGGCAGCCUGGCCGCCUCGUCGAUGACUCGAUGCUCUGUUUGUAUCCGUGCGAGUCGCCGUAAGACGUCGGAUCUCUCUCCUGCAAACGUACCUGUACGUUCUCCAGGUCCUUGUUCACCGUUGGCUACCUGCGCUCCGACUAGCCUCCCUCCUCUUCCCUUUCGCCAGGUCGCGUCCUUCUUUCGGGACUCCUCGUCUCACCUGUACGCAACGAAGAGGAAGAUCGAAGAACGAUCGAGCGAAAGAGAGACCGCGUGUCCCUCUCCACACCUCUCCGCCAAGGUACACCGCUGGAUCACCAGGCGAAGUGGGAGUACCGCGGGACAGCGCUACAGGUAGACACCGCGAUGGAAGAGGACGCGAAACAGAAGGUUAAACGAAGAAGCAGAGACGCGGAGAAGGAAGGUGCAUCGAACGAGAAAGAGCUUAAAAUGGGGAGGCGUCAUAGGGUGGCCAGGUAAGCGAAGAAAGAUAGGUGGAGAGGGAGAGGAGAGACUUUGGAGCGCGGGAGGCAGAGGAAGAUGGAAGGAACGCGCCGAAUGGAGCGGACAGAGACCAGAUCGGUGUGCGUGAAAGAGAGAAGAGAGGGGGGUCCGAGACACGGAGCCGAGAGCGGGAUGCUGGGAGGCGGCGGCGACGGCGGCCAUGUUGCCGUAUCCCGAGAGAAGAGAGAACGAUCCGAGAGAGCACCGUGAGGCUGCUUCGUUUGUUGCUUGCAGCGGCUGCCCAAACUUUGGGCGGUUUAAUUCUACCUGUUGGGCCGCACAGUUCGGGGUAGUGCAUCGCGUUCCACCCUCGUCGUCACGUUUCCGCGAUACGAGGCCAUCGUCGUGUGCGUCGCGGUGUCGCACGUCGAUUCGCGUUCGAUCCUGCGACGACGAUGUCGUCGCUGUCGCCGUUCCCGUCGUCGCUGUCGUUGCGGUCGUCGUUCUCCGUCCGCGUGCGCGUGUUGUGCCUGAAAGCCGGUGUGCAAGUGUGAAUAUAUAUCGCGGACAGACGAUCCGGUUUGAGGAAAACCGUUCCUGGGGAGAGCAACAGCUCCUCGCGACUCGUCGUAGAGGGGUGUAGCGACCAAGGAACGAUAGGUCACGAGUGGUCAGAGUGGACGGACCGAAAAACGAGGAUAAUGAGGUGCGCGUAGUGAAAUUCGUGUGUUCCCGGUGUCGUCCAUCCUAGUCGACCCGUGUUCGAGUCACGGGAGACAGGGUGCCUUGGCUGAAAGCCACCGUACCGAUACCGACACCGAUACCGACACCGAAACCGCGGUAGACGCGGUGCUGGACGCCUCGGUCCACGCUCGAAGGUGGUGACAGUAUCAUCCGUUGAGAUGUGAUCCGGAACACAGGAGGGACGCUUAGUAGUUUGUAGGAGCCCUCCCCCACCCCCACCCCCACCCCCCAACCCCAACCCCACCCCAACCCCUCCCGCCCCACAACCCCACCCCCGCCCUCGAAGCUCCCUCGAAGCAACACCCCACCAACACCCUUCGACCUACCACCUAACCACCUAACCACCUACCACUCUUGACGGGCGUAUACACACACGCGUGCGCGCGUACACCUUGCCGGCGCGGCAACCACCGAGUUCUCCAAGACUACGCGCGGGUGCGCCCAACAUUUCUUCCCCGCCAGUGAUAUCUCCUACGUUUUCUGUAACGCGAACCCCAACAAGUUCUUCGAUGCUCCCCGCCAACCGUUAACAACGUGCCAUACAACGCUCAGCAGCCUGUGAUACGCUACUCCAUUGCCUAGAAUUUGUUCGCGUAGACGUAGUUAGUCCAGCCUGUAGGGACCCUGAACGAGAUCGUCGCCGGAAGGUAGACAAACGAGGGGUGUGAUAUUGAGACAACGCGAAUCUUACAGGACGCCACGAUACGCCGAGGAAAGAGAACCGGAAGACAGCGCGGGAGAAUGUCGACUUGCACCGACGAGGCCGACAACGGACCCCUGCACAUGCAGGAGGCUCUGUCACCGGUGCAGGAGGGUCCAGUAUCCCCGGCGUCCUCCUCCUUGAGCAACCAGAAUCAAAACGAUAGCGAGCAGCAAGUGCUGCUCGCAACGAUGCAGCCAGUGAACGUGCUGGACCUGCACGAGCCAGCGACGGUGCACUCGCUCCAUCCCAAGUACCAUCAUCACCAUCACCGUCACCAUCACCACCAUCAUCAUCAUCAUCAUCAGCCACAGCACAUUCAGGAUCCAGACGACGUGCAGCAACGGUCCGCCGAAGACACCGACGGGAGGGUGACGCCAGGCGGCGAAACCACUUCCGGCAACUCGACGCUCGGCGUCGGAGAGCACAAGAUGAUCGAUCUAAUUUACAACGACGGUCAGAAAACCAUCAUGUACACCCACGACAAGGAGAUCAUCUACGAGAACGAAGCGGAUCGCGUUCAGGUGGUCGAGUACCCGCCACCGCCACCCUCGCCGCCGUCACCGUCGCCUCCGUCGGCCGUUACGAGGGCUGGCCUGUUGCCACCAAAUUGCGUCACCCCCAGAUCGGGAUCCACCACGGCGCUGCACUUGCAUCAUUAUCCACAGCUGCAGCUUCAGCACGAAGACGAUCUUCCGCCUAGCGUGCGUCACGCUGUCAGCGCUACAGUCCCGAAUUGCGGAGCUGCAACAACAACCACUACCGUUUUGGUGCUUUCGGAACUAGUCGCGGCAGAUCCAGCGGCUGGAGCCGCCGCUGCGCAGCAACUCACCCUCACCGCGGCUGCUGCUGCUGCCUCGUUGCGCGCUGGACGACGAAGUCGCGGCGAGGAAGAGACAAACGGCGUGGUCAGCGACGACACCUCGCAGCAGCAACAACAGCAAGCAAGCUACGUGCCCGGACAGCGUGAUACAGAAGAAGAGGAGGAACUGGGCGCGGAAGAGACGGCUCAGUCCCUGCAGAGCGGCGCCGAAGGCGCCGACCCAGAGGUACACAAGAGGGUUGCUGCGGUGCAGGUGCAGGUGCAGGGUAUGGAGGGCGACUGGCGGACCUACUGCGAGCAUCCGCUCUCGGUAGCGACCGCGGCCAUGCUCAAUCUCCAGCAGCAACACCAGGUCUCGGCCGUCGCUAGCCACGGUGACGACCCUGCUGCUUCCUACGUGUACGAGUACUACAAACUGCCGGAAAAGACCGCGGCAGAUGUCAAACUACCGCCCACUCAUGAACUCUGGUCCACGGGUGUGAUGGGCCAGAAGCUGCUGGUGCAGGAGGCGCCUGGCUCCGGUUCCGGUUCGACGAAUCGCAUGGAAGGCGGCGAAGGCGCCGGAGGAGGGGAACUACACCACUUCCUUCAUCAGUACAACCAGCAGUCCCACAGUCCCGGCCAGAGUCUACAGGGUGGCCUUCCGCUUCCGCUUAGCCCGCAAUCCCUCAGACACGACGGUUCCUCCAGCGCGGGCAUCGCCGGCGUCAAAAGGGAACCCGAGGAUCUCAGCUCCUCCCGAGGGGCUCAACAGUCCAACAAAAGGCACAAACAGGCUCAGCCAGACAGUCCUACGCCACCGGGAAUGUACCAUCAUCAUCAACAUCAACUACAGGUGCAACAGUACGGAAGCCCCUACGAUCCCUACACCUCUUGCAGCCCACGAUUACAGUCCACGUACACGUCGACGUCGGGGACAGGCGCCGCGAAUGCUGGGAACCAGAGUGGACUGCACCAAGAGGCGACGGCGGUCUACGUCACCGGGGACACUCUGCCACCGUUGGCUUCCUCGAGUUCGUCCUCAUUGUCGACCACGACCGCUUCGUACACGAGGUACGAGGUUGUGCCAAGCUCUUACGCGACGACACACGCGAUACGCUCGUCCUCGAGCAGCAGCAAAGUCCUGACCGUUGAUCUUCCCAGCCCUGACUCUGGCAUCGGCGCCGACGCUGUCACACCCAGGCAAGAUCAUCAUCCACCCACGGCGCUACAUCAGUCCUCGUUCGACUACACGGAACUGUGUCCUGGAGGAACAGCAGCUGGCGCCGCAGUGGUUCUCGAGAGCGGUGCAGUGAUACACCACCAACCACUGCAACUACAACUGCAGCAGGGUCACGCACAAGCGCAAGUGCAACGAGGAGCUCUGGUAUCCUCUGCUGCGACCCCCAACCCCAACCCAAAUCCGCCGAGAUCGCGACCAUGGCACGAUUUCGGCAGGCAAAACGACGCGGACAAAAUCCAAAUACCAAAAAUAUUCUCCGCCUAUGGGUUCAAAUACCACCUGGAGUCACCGAUCAGCACAUCGCAACGACGCGAGGACGACAGAAUCACUUACAUCAACAAAGGACAAUUCUACGGUAUCACGUUGGACUACGUUCCCGAUCCUGAUAAGCCAACCCUAAAGGCGGGGCAAACGGUCAAGAGCGUGGUAAUGCUGAUGUUCCGCGAAGAGAAGAGCCCCGAAGACGAGAUUAAGGCGUGGCAAUUCUGGCACGGAAGGCAACAUUCUGUCAAGCAACGUAUCCUCGAUGCUGACACGAAGAACAGCGUGGGACUGGUGGGAUGCAUCGAGGAGAUCGCGCACAAUGCGAUCGCUGUGUAUUGGAACCCACUCGAAUCUUCGGCAAAGAUCAACGUAGCUGUGCAGUGUCUUAGCACUGAUUUCUCGAGUCAGAAGGGUGUGAAGGGUUUGCCGCUACACAUUCAAGUCGAUACCUACGAGGAACCACCGCCACACGCUCAUUCGUAUACACCUCCAUCGCAUCGUGGCUAUUGCCAGAUCAAAGUCUUUUGCGAUAAGGGUGCCGAGAGGAAGACUCGCGACGAAGAGAGGAGAGCGGCGAAAAGGAAGAUGACGGCCACCGGUAGGAAAAAGCUGGACGAACUUUACCAUUCGGUCACGGAACGCAGCGAAUUUUAUUCCAUGGUGGAUCUCCAUAAACCUCCGGUCCUGUUUUCUCCACCGGCGGAGCACACCAUCGACAAGUUCUCGACGAUGGAGUUGUCAGGCUUCUACGGAGGUGGCGGCGGGGGCGGUGGCGACACCGACACGUCGUCCCUCAGUAAUGGCGAGGGCGGAGGAUUGAAAGCGGGUGGUAGCAGCCCUUAUCCAGCCUGCGGCAGACCCAGCUUGCCUGCCCUCAAGUUCCACAACCACUUUCCGCCCGACAAUCUGACUAGCCUGCACGACAAGAAGGACUCGUUGCUGAUGCAGGUCCAAGAGCUUCAGGGCUCGGUGCUCCAAGGAGUGCAGCAAGCUGGACUCGCUGGAACGGUGGUCUCAGGGGUUGGCAAUCGACUGCACCUUCAACAACAACCCCCCCAUCUUCGUCCAGCGGAUGCCGAGGAGAGGGUGAUGCUCUACGUCCGUCAGGAGUCCGAAGACGUUUACACGCCUCUGCACGUCACGCCACCAACCGUCCAAGGACUUUUAAAUGCUAUUGAGUCAAAGUACAAAAUUGCAUCCUCGAGUAUUAAUAACCUCUAUCGCAAAAACACAAAGGGAAUUACAGCGAAAAUUGACGAUGACAUGAUCAGAUAUUACGUGGACGAGGACCUGUUCCUCCUCGAGGUGAGCCACUCCAGAGUAAAUCCCGACCCCAGCAACGACCGCAACCCGAACAAUCCUGGAUCACCUGGUGAUCCUGGCGACCCAGGGGACCCGCCAACCACCGCAGGAUACGACGUCACGCUCAUCGAACUACCCUCAUCGCCAACCCACAUGGCCCAUUCGCCUCUCGCCAACUCUGCCCACGGACACUCGCAUGUCCACGACAAUGGCAACACGUGAGGCAAUAGUGCACGAGGAGAAAAAAAAACCUAUAUAAAUAUUCCAUAGCUUUCGUUGUGUAAAUAAGUCCGAGAGACGGAGCUGCCGACGAUGAUCGCGACUCGAAUGAUCAUCGAUCACGGUGCAAUGCAAAACGACGCUCGACAGAGUUCGACCCGAGAAGACUUUUAAGGAACCUGCAUGGGAAGAUUGUCGAAACGCGUGCAGUUUUCAGGAUGUUGCGCGAGAAGAUUGUUUAAACCAGUGCAAGUCGGAAGAGAAGUAUCGACCCGAUGAAGAUGCCCAGGAAGAUACGAAGACACAUUCGGCGAAUGUCCCAGUUUACGAGGAGCCGCGUUCCGCUGCCUGCACUUGGGACUGCCGAACUGGACUGACGUACUUGUCCGUACCGUACAAUUUAACAAGUCAAAUCGGAUUAUUAGUUCAUAUAGUGGUUGUCUUGCGUUGAUCGAGCAACGCUGACAGGCGAUUUCUUCGAACGAGGGAUUCCGUGGACACGGGGAGACGUUUGAUCUCGAGGACGCGUUUGUUUUGUUGAUAUUAAAAGUCGGUUCUCGACACGUUCUAUUAAAAUUACGAGACUGGUUGGAAUAUAAAUGAGUUCGUUCAUUGAAAGAUCUUAUUUGUAUUUGUCCCAAUCUCGUAUUUGUUACAGCCAAAACUCUUGGUAUGCUGUUGUAAAUUUUAUGAUAAAACUAUCACAACUUGUGUGCACGGAAUGUAUAAUAAGGACAUCGAAAGAUCUUUCUUUUUCUUUGCGAUACCAGUCACCGAGCAGCCUGUACACGCGUUCUUUUCGAUUCGAUGCGCAAGAUGGCGAAGAAACGUAUCUCUAGCCGCGCAAAGCGACUCGUUAUUUUAUAUUUUUGUUUUCUUUUUUUUUUCACUAGUGAACAAUUUAUAUCGAUGGUUGUUAGCUUAGAAAGAUACCGCGGUGUCGCGGUUGAAAACGCGACGGCUAUAUGUAAAUCAAUCAAAACUGAUUUAAGGAAUACCCAUCCCAAAUCCCCUCCAACCCCCUCGUUACAUGUUAAGCAAUACGUAUGACGUAUAGAUUGUAUAUGAAAAUGUUCACGCUAUAUCGUAUCGUCGGUUUAGAGUUUAAAAUUCUUAAACAUAGGCUAGCAAUAAAAAUAAUUCCUGUUCAUUAGCCUCGAAGCAUUUAUUUUAACGAUUUUCGAAUUAAUUUAAAAUAAAUGCUUUGAUAUUAACCGACACGAAUUAUUUCUUUUGUUUAAAAUUAUUGUUUACGCGUUCGAUAAAGCGAGGUAUCGCUGGUCUCAACCGUCUACGAGAACGCGAAAGUUUGUUUUAUAGCGAGACACGAGCCAUAGAACAGAGAUGGGCAAAACUCUUAUCCACCUAAAUAAACGACUCUUUUAUUAUAACGUUUGUUCGAUGGAAACUUGAAUCUACAUUAUAAAAUAUAAAAACUACGGUUUCCUGCCUUCGUUUAUCUUUGGUUUUUAUCGGUUAUUUAAUAUUCGAAUAAAAUUUGUCCCAUCUCUGGCAUGGAACUCAAAAAAAAAAAAAAGAAAAGAAUAAUUCUCAACGCCGCCAUUCUAAGAUAGACGGGUGCCAUCCGAGCAUUAUCUCUUCGUAUCGUUAUGCUCUUACACACACUCACACACACUCACACGCUACCGUAAUCCGUGCACGAACUGUCCAAUUUUGCGUUAUUUAUACAAACAUUCAUCUACUAAUAGUUAUCGUUUAGAUACUUCGUUGACAUUCCCGAGUGUCCCAAAAUCGCAUCCGUAUCAUGCAAAGACCAAGUAUUACUCGAAUACGUAACUCUCCAUGGACGAUUGUAUGCAAAGAAGAUAAAUAAUCGUUUAGAAGACUAGUAGCAUGCAAA